AUGGUGUCUUCAAAGAUUGUGAAGAGGGAAUAUCCUCCGAGAAUGUAUCCAGCAGGAAAAUCACCGUUGCAAAACAAAAGCAUGAAUCACUGCUGCUCGCUUCCUGAUAUUGGGAAGAGGCAAAGGAAGGACAAGAAGUUGAGCGCCAUUACAUCUUUCUUAGGUGAAGACAUCUACAACGACAUUAGAGACAACUCUCAACUCGGAGUUCUUCUGAAGCUUGCCUCGAGCGUGUUAGGGCUUAAUCGUGGUAGUAGGAUCCCUUUGGAGCUUGCGAAAAGAGUAAUGGAUCUGGAAGCGUUUGAGAGAUAUCUUUGGGGUCGAGUUGGAUUCGAGAAGCUGAUCAAAUCGGUGCAAGUUGUUGAUUUGGCUGGAGACUCUUAUGUUGUGCAUGGAUGUGUGCAUGUCUUGCUCAUAUGGGCAUAUGAGUUAGUGACUGUCUUGGGAGAAUUGUUUGGGAGAAGAAUAGAAGGGAUUGAAGUUCCUCUUCUUCGUUGGGGUUGUGGCCGGCAGCAUUUUGUAAUGGAAGACGUUUUGAAGAAGGAUAAAGAGGAAAGCGAGCAAGAAGGUACAGUUUUUCUGUUUGUUCGAGUGAAACAUUUCUUGAUGAAGCCUGAUUCUAUUGAGGACAUAUAUCUUGUGUGGCCUGAUGAAGCUGUGAAAUGUGAUAAGAAGCUUCACAACAUGAUCGAAGAUAUCUAUGAUGGGUGUUUGGAUGAAUCACAAUGGGAAGAAGAUGUGGCGGUUGUGAAGAGUAAAAAGAAGAAAGAGGUGUUUGAGGAAAGCGCAGAUGUUGUGACAAAGACAUCAAUGAAGAAAAGCCAAACAUCUAAAAUUCAGGAAGAAAAGAAGAGAAAGAAGAGGGAGAACAAAUCAGAGGAGAAAAGUGACAAGGUGAAGAAGAAGCAGCAGAAGAAGACGGUUCCUGAGAAUGAGAUGGAUGAGGAGAGUGAGAAGGAAAGAGAAGAUGUUGAUAUGAGCAUCAGGUUGAAAGACAUUCCAAAGAAGAAAAAAAGUGAAGAUAGUGAAGUGAUGAAGAUGCUUCGGUUAAUGAACGAAAAAAUUGACAGCAAGUUUGAUUCAUUUGGUCGUAAAGUUGAAGACAGAUUUGAAGCCAUGGAGAAUAGGAUUAACAAGGUGGAGGAGACCAAGGGCAAGGAGAAGCCUUCUGUGGAGUCUAAGGCUUCAGCUGAUGGUGGCAGUGGGGAGGGUAAUCACGGUGAUGGUUCAGAGGAUUCAACUCCGUCGUGGAUGGUAAACAUGAAGCCAACGUCGGAUGGAGAGUCUCCGAUAGCCUGUGUGGUCAGAAAUCCUAAAUCCAAAGCUAAGGUUGUCCGCAAAGUUAAAGUGGAACCCGAUGAUCAAAAGCUGAACAAGCAACCAGUUAGAGGAGAUAAGAAGAAACCGGAUAAAGAAACAUGCAUAGAUGUUGAAGAGCUCACUGAAGAAUCCGGUGACAGCUCAAUAUAUAUUGAGAGGACUAAAUUUCUCAGUCAAACAUUAGAUAGGUUGCUGGAGUUUACAAAAGACGAUGACAUCAUAGCCGGUCGACCGGUUCGAACCCUGAAUCUUGUCUCAAACCAAGUUUCUCCAUAUUUAGGAAGUUCAGCAGUCAGACGAAUAAUGUUUGGUGUGCACUCUUCAGAUGCUAUGUAUGAUCCUUUUGAGACAGUCCAUCCAGAUAAAAAGAAAAAACUGAUUGAAUACGUGAAGUCAGAUAUGUAA